GAUUUCUCAACAGAGAUGGGCGCAGCUGACGUUGUGAUGGAGGAAGAAAGCAAAGUAGUUCCAGUGAGAAAAGAAGAAGGUGAGAAGAAGGGGGAAGAGAGAGAUAAUGGAGAUGUGAAGGAACCCGUUAAAGAAAAUAUGGGUUUAGAGGAAAAGGUGGUUGCAGAAUCAUCUCCGACUGAAUUUAAAGUCUCCAAGCUGCGAACUUUGAACCCGUCGAACCCUCUUAGAGUUAUCAUUCAAGGUGUUCGACCUGUUCGUUUUCAAACUCGUCCUACUUCACAGCCUCCUCCUCCUCCUCCUCCUCCUUCGCAGGCUCCUCUUUCAACAACUCCACGAGAAACGUUGGCUACUCUGAAUUCAAGGGCUUAUACGAAUCGAAUAUUUCUGUUUCUGUUUCUUCUCCACAUGGUGGCCUCAGUUGGGUUAAUCUGUUUUCUUGUAUUCAAGGCAGUUCAGGGGCUCUUCGAAAAAGGUAAAACUGCAAGAGAAGAGAAGAGGAUGUUUAAGUAUUGGUUUCCCCAAGCUGAAGGCGCAACUGUUCUAAGCAUCAUGCUUGCCUUCUUGUGGCAAAAGGCAAUUAGACACUGGCCCCAUUUCAUGGUUAAUUUCAUACUUUGGAGCACCUUCACCACGUCCAUGGCUGCAGGAGUUCUCCUCCUCUGCUUCCAGAGGGCUUCCACGGACGGCGUUGGUGUUGUCUUUCUACUCUUCGCGGUCGGUAAUGGCCUCUAUGCGUGUUGGGUCACACAGAGAACGAAGUUUUGUGCAACAGUUAUCACCAAAUCGCUCGAACCAGCCGCGAAAUUCCCUGAUCUCAGUCAACCCACUUACUGGAUGCUUGGGAUGUGUUUCAUGUGGAUAUCAAUUUGGGUUUUUGCCAUAGUUGGAGCCCUUAAUUUCUACGUUCCACCAUUAAUCAUAAUCGCUCUGAUCUUGAGCAUGGCUUGGAUAGCAGAGGUAAUGAGAAACGUAGCUAAUUUAACUGUAAGUCGGGUUAUCGCUCUUUACUACCUCAGAGGAAUGCAAUCGAACACCCAAUUCUGCUUCCAGAGAGCCAUGUCAAGGAACCUUGGAAGUGCUUGUCUGGGUUCGUUCUUUGUGCCUGCGAUCGAAGCUCUGAGAAUUGUGGCUCGAGCUCUCAAUUUGCUUGAAGGUGAAGAUGAAUUCAUGUUCUCUUGCGCUCAUUGCUGUCUCAGAGUCAUGGAGACCAUCUUCAGAUACGGCAAUGGCUGGGCGUUUGUUCAGAUAGCUGCAUAUGGGAAGGGAUUUGUAAGGGCAGCACAGGAUACAUGGACUUUGUUUGAGAGACAAGGAAUGGAAGCCAUAGUCGAUUCCGAUCUAACCAGCGCAAUUUGCUUUUUGACUGGAGUUUGCAGCGGCUGCAUUUGUGUCCUUGUCACUGCGUCGUGGUCGUGGGCACUUCACCGGAGCUACACGGCCACUGUGUCACUCCUUGCAUUCUUCAUUGGAUACCUCAUGACUCGGAUUGGAAUGGCAUUACCACACGCUUGUGUUAGCUGCUACUAUGUGUGUUAUGCAGAGAACCCAGACAACAGGUUAUUUGAUAGAACAAUUCCCGAUCGGCUCGACUUGAUGAAAGACGGCAAAGCUUACAUUGUUCCGACUCCUCGGGUCCCUGUUCCCCGGCGAUUCACGGUGUAGGUCCUAACAAGUUUGACGCUUGAAGAGUUCCAAGGUACAGAACUAUGUGUGUUCAUCAGCCUUUGAGGAAUGGUUUUGAGCUAAAGCAUGGAAAAUACAGCAUUUUGGUCAGACCAAUUUGCAUUGGACCAGGGCUUGAACCGGACCGGUAGCUCAGGAUGGCUCAACAGAAGUGGGAAUGAGGUGGAGGAUGAUGAUG